CCACGCCCCGCCCGCCCCUGGCUCCGGCGAUAAAACCCGCCCGGCCCCGCGCCGCGCUUCCCCGGACCCCGCCGCCGAGCCCUGAGCAAGAUGCAGCCAGCCGAGGAGACUCCGCGCCCAGCCUUGAUCCCCAUCCGGGGAGUCCCCAUGAUCAAAUACUUCGCUGAGAACUGGGGGGAGGUGGAGGGAUUCCAGGCGCAGCCGGAUGAUCUACUGAUCUCCACGUACCCCAAAUCUGGUACCACCUGGAUCAGUGAGAUCGUCGACAUGAUCUACAACGAUGGAGACACAGAGAAAUGCAAGCGAGAGGCCAUCUACAUGCGAGUCCCCUUCCUGGAGUUUGCUGUUCCUGGGAUCCCCACUGGGGUGGAGCUGCUCCAGAAGAGGCCAUCCCGGCGGCUGGUGAAGACCCAUCUCCCGGUGCAGCUGCUGCCAGAGUCGUUCUGGGAGCAGGACUGUAAGAUGAUCUACAUGGCCAGGAACGCCAAGGACGUGGCUGUGUCCUACUAUUACUUCUACCAGAUGGCGAAGGUGCACCCGGACCCCGGCUCCUGGGACCACUUCCUGGAUGACUUCACGGCCGGGAGAGUGUCGUUCGGGUCAUGGCACCAGCACGUCCGGGGCUGGUGGGAGAAGAGACGAGAGCACCGAAUGCUCUACCUGUUCUACGAGGACAUGAAAGAGGACCCCCGGCGCGAGAUCCGGAAGGUGCUGGAGUUCCUGGGGCGCCCCCCAUCCGAGGGGCUCGUGGAGGCGAUCGCCCAGCACACCUCGUUCACCAAGAUGAAGCAGAACUUCAUGGCCAACUACAAAACCAUCCCCACCAGCGUCAUGGACCACAGCAUCUCGCCCUUCAUGCGCAAGGGUGUGACGGGCGACUGGAAGAACCAGUUCACGGUGGCCCAGAACGAGCGAUUUGACGCCGACUACGAGAGGCAAAUGGAGGGAACCGACCUGAGCUUCCGGAUGGAGAUCUGAGCCCCCCUGCCCCACAUCACCCCCCCCACGCCCCACUGCAGAGAGAUAAACCUGAGUUACCUGCUCUGA